CUGCAGACAUACAAUAGUUGUACCUGAGGCAGUGAACUGUCUUGUCUGCUGAAUACUCUUCGGUGCAGUCAUCUACUGGCCUGCCGACGUGGCGGGGCGGAAGAGGAGCCGCUGGUGGCAUCAUACGGGUGAGCUGCACUAUGUCCCAGACUGAUGCAGACCCCUCUGCUGACAUCACCCCUUCACCCACCCAGCCCCCUCACACAGACCCUGGCCUCUGUCAGGAUGUCCCAGCAGCCUUUGCACUGCCUUCAGGCCCUCUGCAGCCUUCUUUGAUCCCUGAGAGUUUCAACCUCCCACAAUCCACCACUGAGGAGACAACCACAGAGGACACCACCACCAUGACUAGCGCUUCAGAGUGUCCGACUGACCAACCAGAGCCUGCCCCUGAGGGUCAGGUGAUCAUAUGUGACCAACCAGUAAGCCUGGAGCCAAACGAAGAAGCUGCAGAGGAGGAUGUGGAGAGGUCACUUCAGGAGAAAGAAAAAGGUUGGGGAGGUUGGAGUUCAUGGGGAAAAUCUCUUCUGAGCAGUGCCACUUCCACAGUGGGUCAGAGCCUGACCUCAGUUAAAACAAAGGCAGGAGAAGCUCUGCGUCUCCACAAGACCUCAGUAGGAGAGGAGGCACAAGAAGAGGAGGAGGGAGCAGAGGAGGAGAAGAAAGAGAGAGGAGUUGAAAGUGGAGAGACUGAGCUGUCCAGCUCUGGGGAGUAUAUUGUUAGUGCUGCAGCCUCUGGCAGGGGAGUCUUCUCCACGAUCACACAUGCUGUGCAGAACACAGGUAAGUCAGUGAUCAGUGGAGGUUUGGAUGCCUUGGAGUUUAUUGGAAAGAAGACCAUGACUGUUCUUGCUGAGAGUGACCCGGGUUUCAAAAAGACCAAGACCUUGAUGCAGAAGACUGUAUCGCUGAGUCAGAUGUUAAAGGAAGCCAAAGAGAAAGAGCGGGCCCGUCUGGGCAACCAUCCAAUCAGUGCACCCACAGCUCACUACGGUAUUCUGUUUGACGACUACCAGGGCUUGUCACACCUCGAAGCCCUGGAGAUCCUGUCCAAUGAGAGUGAGGCCAAGGUCCAAGCCUUCCUCUCCUCCCUGGUGGAAGAGGAGCAGGAGGAGGUGAAGAAGGAGCUGAUUUUCAUUAAGAAUAUCUUCAUCAAGCGAGAGGAAGGAGAGGAAGAGGAAAAAGACGAAGAGGAGGAAGAAGGAGGAGGAGGACAGACGAAGGAUAACGGUGAUCUUAGUUCCCAAUUACACUGUUCUACCCCCCUGUCAUCUGAUGGCGAGGAGUUUGUGAGUGUUCUCACUGAGCUGCUGUUUGAGCUUCAUAUUGCUGCAACGCCAGACAAACUCAACAAGGCUCGGAUGAGGGCCCAUGAUUGGGUGAGUGCGGUGGAACAGCCUGUCACUACGGAGACGGUUGACAGGGAAACGCAGGACCAGCCGGCAGGAGAGGCCUCACCUGGAGAGAAGGAAACGGAGGAGAAGAAUAAAAAUGGAGAGCAGGGGGAGGAGGUGAAGGAAGGAGAGGAAGAAAAGGAAAAAGAGAACGACCCCAGAUCUGUAGAGGCUGUGUACCUGUCAUCAGUCGGCAGUCUGGCAGAAGUGACAGCUCGCAGUAUUGAGCAGCUCCACAAGGUGGCAGAGCUCAUCCUCCACGGCCAGGACCUGGAGAAACCAGCGAGAGACCAGGCACACAUCCUCACCAGGUUGACAUGUGCCAUGUGUAAGGAGGUGGAGUGUUUGGCCAAGAAGUUCUCUGAUACACUGCUUCUUGUUGGGGGUCAGAGGAAAGCAGAGGAGUUGAAUCCGCUGGUAGAUAAUGUGCUGUUAGAGGGCUCUAACUGUACAAACUACAUUGAGAAUGCAUUGCAACUGCUGCUGCCCGUCCUGCAGAUCUCCCACAUCCAGAGCCAGCACUGUCGGUCCACCACAGAACCAGCAGUACAGACACAGCACUAACACACACACACUAACACACACACACACACACACACACACACACACACACACACGCUACCUGCUCACCUGCUUGUCUUAAUGUAUCUAUUGUUGUACAGAAAAGUAUAGAGAAUGGAUUAUUCCAGAUUAAGUGCUUAAAUCUACAUUCAAUGCCAUAGCAACAGACAGAAGAUGUUUAUACAUACAUAAUAUAAUCUUAAAGUUUAACAAAUAGAUACAUGUAGAAAUGACCCACAUGCAGGUUGUAUGUGUGAAUCUUCCACAUUGUAUCUCUGAAUGUUAUUUUGACUGAGUUAAUAUUUUGCUUUGAAGAACCAAAUGUUCAGAGCUGAUUCGAGCUCAGCUGUGCCUCAGUCUAUCUGACAAAACAAAGAUGUCUCUGUAUCGUAUAAGUUGAACCAAAAAUUACUGAUUGUGUUGAAGUGACUCUCCAUUAAUGUAUAUUAAGCUUUCUUUGCACUCUUAUGGUCCUUUGUUAUUUCAAUGGAAAGUGCAUUAACUAACACUAGUGAAAUGUCUGUUUGGCUGAAAUAUUUUAAUCUGGUUUGAGACAAAAUGCCAGAAUUAUUGAUUACACACAAUAAUUUGCUUGUUUUUUAUGUUAAAUUAUGUGAAGUAACACUACCUUAUAUUUAACUCUUAUCCAGUUUGAUUUGACAGAAAAAUCUGAUAUACUUUGAAUUGCUAAAUAUUCAGUUAUACUUCUCCCUUAUUGUGUAUAUUGAAGAUUUAAUGUAGGUGAAUCAUCUCUAAUUAUGUUUUGUUUUGCUGCUACAUUUAAAAAGUAUAGUUCAACAUUUUGGGAAAUUUGCUUAUUCACUUUUGUGCUGAGAGUUGGAUGAGAAAAUUGAGACCACUCUCCAUCUGAUGAUGAAUAUGAACUUACAGCCAGCAGCUGGUUAGCUUUGCUUAGCACUCAGACUAGUAACAUGGGGAAACAGCUAGUCUGACUUUGUACAAAGGUAGCAUAAAUUAUCGUUAUAUAUUGAUUAUAGCCGCUUCAAACGUGUUAAUUGAUUAGUGAGACUGUUACCUUUGGGCACAAUCAGGCUAGCAGUUUUCUCCGUUUCCAGCUCUAAUGCUAAGCUAACUGGCUGCUGGCUUGCCAGCUACAUGUUUACCGUACAGACAUGAGGGUGGUAUCGAUCUUAUAGAAGCCUUUCCCUCCAGAAUAAAGGCUUUUAAUAUUGUUUUUGCCAGGUUCUAGAUAACUUUUUGCUCCCCAGAGGAAUGGUGUAUCUCAACCAUUUUCCACACAAAUUAAUUUUUUCCGGGGGCUUUAACCCCCCAAAUUGAAAAUAAUUUGGUGGCUGGAGACACCCCCCCCAAUCCCCACCCCGGCUCCGUCCCUGUCUCCAACCACCUGUGGAGUUUCUGCAGCAAUCCCAAGAUGCUUGAGCAUCUGUUUUUUAAUAUCCAGUGUUCAAUGGCCUCUUAGCUUCCAACCAGUAGAUCUCUGGGAGAGACAAAGUACUCCCUUCCCCUUCUUUACUUCUGCUUCUUCCCUUUUAGAGAUGCACUGAUCCAUGCAACAACAAAAAAAAUUAGGAAAGAAAAUAUUAUCUGCCGUAAUGUUUUGGCUCCUUUCAGCUAUAUCCAGAUGGGGUAAGGCCGGUAAUCAACCUGCUUCUGCCUUAGGGUAUAAAAUUAUUUGUAAUGAUAAAUGUUUGGGAGGCAAGUCAUUGAUUUAGGUUUGGACAGUUUACUAAUAAAGUGCCCUAAGACUGUUUGAGGAUGAGAUGUCGAAAAUACACAAGUUUUAACCAUC